UCGGCGAGCAAUAAAAGAAAUCAAAUGCUGAUUCUUCCCACUUCCGUCGUACGUUGCAGUAGCUGCGUUUCUCGCUUCUUCUUCCGUCGCCCCUUCUCUUCAAGGCACCACAAAUUAUACAAGUGAAUGCUAGUAACUCAAAUCAAACCAUCCAAAUUGGGAGUCUCAAUCUAGGGUUGUGUCGGUUCCAAGGUAUAGAAGUAGUCACAUGGACACAGAAACUUCACUGUUUGAAGGGAGAAAGCGCGCCACCAUCCGGUUGUGCAAGGUUUCAAGCUUUACUACUGAGUUACUCGAGAUGCACUCAGAAGAUCCCUCAAUGCAUAUUUUAUUUAUCCCUGGAAACCCAGGUGUUGUUUCAUUCUAUAAAGAGUUUGUUGAAUCACUCUAUGAGCAACUAGAAGGAAAUGCGUCUAUAACAGCAAUUGGGCACAUUGCACAGACGAGAAAGGAUUGGGAACAUGGAAGGCUGUUCUCAUUACAAGAUCAAAUUAAUCACAAGAUGGAUUUUAUCAAUCAAGAACUUCAAAAUAAAGAAAUUCCUUUAAUACUGGUGGGGCACUCUAUUGGUUCACAUAUAUCUCUUGAAAUUUUUAAGAGAUUACCGCAAGAGGUGAAAUAUACUGUCGGGCUUUACCCAUUUUUGGCAAUGAGCAAGGAAUCCAGAGUGCAGUCGAUGCUUGUGAAGAUUACGGCGUUCCAAGUUCUCUGCACUGCUGUUAGUUCCAUCUUAGCUUUAAUUGGUUUGCUUCCAAAUUGGGCUUCUGGGUUUUUGGUGAGGAAACUUGUGGGUGGACGGUCAUGGUCUGCUACAGCAGUUGAGGCCACAUGCACUCACCUGUUGAAGUAUCAUGCAAUGCAGAAUAUCCUCUAUAUGGCGAAGACAGAAUUCAGUAAGCUUUCAGAAGAGCCAGAAUGGGAGUUCAUAAGAGAAAAGCAGAGUCAAAUUGCUUUUUUAUUCGGCAUUGAUGAUCACUGGGGUCCGUUGACAAUGUUUGAGGAGAUAUCGAAGCAGGCCCCAGAUGUCGCUUUGUCAAUAGAACAGGAGGGCCAUACGCAUGGGUUCAGUUGCACUGAGGCUGGCUCAGUGUGGGUGGCCUGCUUCUUAGUAAGCUUGAUCAAGCGUCAGAUUUCUUAUUGAAGUGAUACAGGUUAGACUCCAGUCUAAUAAAAUCAGUAAUGUUAUGUCUUGAGAAACGUACAAAAGCAGUUUCUAGAACAAUAUUUGAGGGAAAUAUGUGAACUUGAUAUGCAUAUGCAAGAUCGAUGCCAUUCAUUUGGUGGGCCCCACCGUGAAUAUGAUCUUGGCUGAAAAUAAAGUAGAUCCUCUGAUCAGGCCA